CUAGUCCCUCAUAUACAGCACACCCCCCAUCCCCUCUCUCUUUCUCCCUCGCUCUUUCUCUCUCAGGGUCCUCUCCUCUUUCUUUGAGUACUGCAGAGGCACGGUUGCAUCGUGCAUCGCGGAGGAGAGGAGAGCAGGAGAAAAGAGAAAGAACUCUCAGCGCGCGGGCACUAACUACCUACAUUCCUGUGUCGCGAGGGAAACUAGGGAAAAUCGACUGGAAAAGCACACAGCUGGCUCCCUGCGGUGUUGUAACGAACUGCCCAUUUUCUGUAGUCGACAGAUGAGCUGUGACCAGAUCUAACCACAGUCUGCAUGGUGAUCUCUAUUACUGGAACUCAGCUGUCUUCACCGCUCAACCUUGUGACUGCUCCCAUCCCACUGCCGUAGAGAUCUGCUUUCCCUCACCACAGCAGCAACAGCUAGCGAUCCUAGCCAACACUAGCACCAUUUGAACCACCUCCAAACUUACUGUGGUUUGCUGCAACUGAAUUGCCAUUCAGUAACUUACACUCUGAUACUUCAGAAGAAUGUAAGCAAGUAGGCUAACGUAAGUUAAGUCUCUGACAGUUAAGUUGUCCUCCCCUGCAGUUCUUUGGCAGAAAUUCUUGCCAAUGAGAAUUGGUUCCCAACUGACCUAGCAGGUUAGAUAAAGGACAAAUAAAGACAAAUAGAUAGAUAGAUGACCAAUCAGAGUUAGUGAGAUGGAUGAGUCGUACAACAACAGGAUGUCGCUGGUGAAGGGCGCCAAGGACAUCGCCAAAGAGGCCAAACGCCACGCCGCCAAGAAGGUCAGCAAGAUCGUGAACCGCGCCACGGACGAGUACUCCUCCCAACGCAACUACAGCCAGUUCCAGAACGAGGACAAAGACAAUGACGACAUGUGCUACACACAGCCCGACAGCAACGGCCACUUUCCCUGCAGCCGCACAGCCAACGACGAAGACGGCGAACACUACGCCAGUGACGCCACAGAGGGUCACGAUGAUGAAGAUGAGAUCUACGAGGGGGAGUACCAGGGGGUGCCUGCUUACACUGACAGGAUGCCCAGGGAGGGGCAGGAUUCUCUGGGUCAACCUGUCUCAGACAGCCUGAGGGACCGUAAGGAGCUGGAGCUGGAGAGGCAGGCGGACGAGGAGGAGCUGGCCCAGCAGUAUGAGCUGAUCAUGCAGGAGUGUGGCCAUGGCAGGUUCCAGUGGCAGUUGUUCUUCGUGCUGGGCAUGGCGCUGAUGUCAGACGGUGUUGAGGUGUUUGUGGUGGGGUUCGUCCUGCCCAGCGCCGAGACUGACAUGUGUGUUCCCAACUCUGGAGCUGGGUGGCUAGGUAGCAUAGUGUACCUGGGGAUGAUGGUGGGGGCGUUCUUCUGGGGGUGUCUGUCAGACAAGGUGGGCCGUAAACAGUGCCUGCUCAUCGCUAUGUCUGUCAACGGCUUCUUCUCCUUCCUCUCCUCCUUUGUCCAGGGGUACGGCAUGUUCCUCUUCUGCCGCAUGUUUUCCGGCUUCGGCAUUGGUGGGGCGGUCCCCAUCGUGUUCCCCUACUUUGCUGAGUUCCUGGCGAGGGAGAAGAGAGGAGAGCACCUGAGCUGGCUCUGCAUGUUCUGGAUGAUAGGAGGGAUCUAUGCCUCGGCAAUGGCCUGGCUCAUCAUACCACACUAUGGAUGGAGUUUCAGUAUGGGCUCCGCCUACCAGUUCCACAGUUGGAGAGUGUUUGUGGUGGUGUGUGCUCUACCCUGUGUGUGUGCUGUCGUAGCACUCACCUUCAUGCCCGAGAGCCCACGAUUCCUCCUAGAGAUGGGUAAACAUGACGAGGCAUGGAUGGUGCUGAAACAGAUCCAUGACACCAACAUGAGGGCCCGUGGAGAACCAGAGAAAGUCUUCACCGUGAACAGAAUAAAACUCCCUAAGCAUCUGGAUGAAUUGGUAGAGAUGCAGUCAGACUCAUCCAACCCUGUUGGCAAAGUCCUCUUCAGGAUCAGGACUGAACUCAGAGGGAUCUGGUUAACAUUCAUGAGCUGUUUCAACUACCCAGUGAAAGACAACACCAUCAAACUGGCCUUCGUGUGGUUCACACUGUCUUUUGGGUACUAUGGCCUAUCAGUGUGGUUCCCUGAUGUCAUCCAUCACCUGCAGUCUGAUGAGUAUGCCUCUAGAGUGAAGACUCACAACAACGAACAUACAGAAGACUUCACCUUUAACUUCACCCUGGAGAACCAGAUACACACCAACGGAGUAUUCGUCAACGACAGGUUCAUCAGUAUGAAGUUGAAGUCCGUCACUUUUAUAGACUCUACGUUUCAGAACUGCUACUUUGACGACGUGUCAACAGUGGGCUCAUUAUUCAAGAACUGCACCUUCGUAGAAGCCUUCUUUUAUAACACAGAUAUUGACGAUUCUAAGCUGGUGGGGUCGAGGGUGAUCAACAGUUCGUUCCACCAAAACAAGACGGGCUGUCAGAUGACCUUUGAUGAUGACUACAGCGCCUACUGGGUCUACUUGGUCAACUUCCUGGGGACGCUCGCCGUGUUGCCCGGCAACAUAGUCUCCGCCCUUCUCAUGGACAAGAUAGGGCGCCUGAGCAUGCUGGGGGGCUCCAUGGUGCUGUCAGGCAUCAGUUGUUUCUUCCUGUGGUUUGGGACAAGUGAGUCUAUGAUGAUCUUCAUGCUGUGUCUCUAUAACGGCCUCAGUAUAUCAGCCUGGAACUCCCUGGACGUUGUUACUGCUGAGCUCUACCCGACUGACAGGAGGGGUACAGGUUUUGGGUUCUGUAAUGCCAUGUGUAAGCUGGCAGCGGUGUUGGGGAACCUGAUCUUCGGCUCUCUGGUUGGCAUCACAAAGACCAUCCCCAUCCUGCUGGCGUCGGCUGUACUAGUGGGAGGAGGCCUGGUGGGACUACGACUGCCUGACACACGCGGCAACGUCUUGAUGUAGAACUACACUACCCAGCAGUCUUCACUCAUGUACCCAUUAGGCUUUAGUUGAACACUGUCAUAAGGACUACAUAUGUAACAUUGUUUUAAGACAGUGGUAUGUAGGCCUUAUGAUAGCGUGUUCAAGUAAAGGGCUACAUGUUGAAGUGCAAGUGCUAAAGUGCAAUUAGUCCAACAUUUUGUUAAGUUGCAUUUGGAAUAAAAGAGCCCUUAGCCAUAUUUUUUUAAACCUUAGAUACUCUGUACCUGCGACCAGAGGGGUGGAGCUGGAAUUCGGGGUGGAGUCUAUUUUGACUCAACAGAUGAUUGCUGUUUCUGCCCCAAGACCGGACUAUCUUGCCUAACCUAUUUUUCAUCCUUGGCAUUCCCAAACCAGCUGUUUGUUUUAGGUUAUUUGUUGUUGAAUAUCCAGGCGUUUCGUUUGGGCAGUUGAUCAAUAUUCAGCUCUGUUUAAGCAGAAAGCAGGAGGUUUUAACUUGAUGAGAUAUGAAAAAGCCAUUCUAAUCCUAGCCUAAGUUCAAUCAAAGGUACCUAUUGCUUCUGUCCUCAGUGCUACGGGUCUGACAUGAAUACAAGUUAGGUGAUAAGAUACGUUCUUUAGUCAGCCUGGGUACCAUAGUUACUAUACGUUACAACAUAACCAUUCUCUAAGGGCAGAAUCCUAACUAGAGAAGCGUCAAUUUAGGUUUCAGGCUUAAGCUCUUGUGAGCACACGACUCUGUUGGCAUGUUAAGGGAUAUUUAACCUAUUUCACUGAAACCUAAAAGUAUAGUUUGGAGUGAACUAUGCCUUUAACAUAUUCAUGCAGUAUCAUAAUGGCAUCAUUGCAGUACAUGCUUUUGCAUUUGACCAGGUAUGGAUCAUUUGUGUAAAUGUACAGUAUGUGUGUGUGUAUGUAUGAUAUUGUGUGUGUGUGUAUAAUAUAUUCUAUAUAUUCAAACAUUGUUUAUUUUUCCAUCCAUGGGUUGGGGUCGAUGUUAAUGAGUUGACUUGACUCACUGAAGUGUCUGACUGGUUUCCAAAUCAAUUCAAACUUUAUUUGUCACAUGCGGCGAAUACAACAAGUGUAGACCUUACCAUGAAAUGCUUACUUACAAGCCCUUAACCAACAGUGCAGUUCAAAAAGAGUUAAUGGUUAAUGGUGUGUUAAUGAGUUUGUCUUUCAGCUUGUCCUACUGCAUCACUUGCAGCCAUCCAUCCCUCAUCACGUCACUCUCUGUAUGAAACAAACUCUUAACUACACUUCUGUUAAAAAUAGGAAACUUUGCAUGUGUGUUACUAAAGUAUUUAUGUUGUGUGUUCUGUUUUUGUGUCUCUGCUACAGGGAUGUAGUUGUAGAAAAACAUGAAGGUGGCUAAACACUAGCAGGUUGAGAUAACAGAGAGAGUAACAUAAACACUACAGGUAACAAUGCUAAUUUGGUGUAACAGCCAGGUGUGUUAACAAAACAAUUCACAAAAUAACCAGUGGUGUAGUCUGUGUUUAGGUGUGUUUCCACUCCACUACAUCCCUGCUGCUGUUCUGUGGACGAGCAGCCAUGUUAAUCUGGGUCAAAGAUGACUGUAUCAUUCUGGUGAGUUCCUUGUUCUGUGGGCAGAUGUCCGUCCGUUCUUCUGGGUAAUUUUGAUGGGGCAUGCAGUGGUGAAAUGACUGUACUGUACGGAGCUACAGACAUGCUAUAGAUCAAGACUAUUCAUCUCCAGCCCCUCCAGGUCCCUCCACAGUACUGCUGGUUUCCUCUUCUCCCCUUCUGUCCCUCUUCUCACUGAUCAAUAUAUCAAAGUAUAGUGCUUUUUUACAAAAACAUUUGUCACAAAGUGCUUAACCGUAACCUGAUCUAGACACAGAAAUAACAAGCAUGUCAUUGAUUGGCCAGAUAAUCCACUGACCAGGUCUGAAUCAGUCCCUGAUUAGAGGGGAAGGAUGAAAACCAGCAGUUCUGUAGUUAGUAGAUCAUGAGGCCCAGGUUUGAAUAGCCCUGCUAUAGACAAUAUAUGGAGGUGUGUGUUAAAUCAUUUGUCAAAUACCUGUCCUUGAUCUGAUUUACUUUGACUAGGGAAGGUUACCAGGUGCAAUGUGAAGUAUAUAGAGGUAGGUUCCACUGGGAUCUACACGUAAUGUAUUCAAUAAAGAGUUACAUUCUCUAACAACCAUGGUACUUUGA